UCAAUCAUUCAAAACAGUUGAGAAAAUGGCGGAAAGAAACAAGAAUGGUGGAUUGACACCACUGCUGGGAGAGAGACCGAAAGAGCCAUGGAAAGGAGGAGAGGUAGUGAAGAGCAUUAUGAAUGCAGGGCCUGACGCCAUUGUCACUUCUUUCUCCCUCAUCUCCUCCAUCUCUGCCUCCCAUCAUUCUUCCGUUGAUAUUUUGGUGUUGGGUUUUGCAAAUCUAGUGGCUGAUGGAAUAUCAAAGGGAUUUUGGGAUUAUGUGUCCAGCAGAACUCAAAGGGAUGUAGCUCCCAAGAAGAGGUCAGCCACUGAGUGGGAUGUCAUUAACCAACACAAGCCUCAGAAGCAGGGAUUACUUCAACAGUAUCAGGCACUUGGAAUGGAUCUUACUGAUGCUAAUACAGUGGUGAACAUAUUUGCCAAGUAUAGGAACAUACUGGUGGACAAGAAGAUGGCAACUGAGAAAGGAUCAUUGCCACAAGAGCAAGGUGAGAAACCAUGGAAGAAUGGGCUAAUCACAUGUGCUGCUUUCAUUGUCUGUGGUUGUGUUCCUCUUCUGGCAUUCAUUGUGCUCAUCCCAUUCACACACAAAUUUAUAGGCGCCUGUGUGUUUUCUGCUGCUGUACUUGUACUACUAGGUAUUGCCAAGGCCAAGAUUGCUGGUCGGAGUUGUCCUCUUUCCGCGGCCACCACCCUUUUCAACGGAGCCAUUGCUGGGGCUGCCGCCUAUGGUAUUGGUUGGACACUUAGGAAUGUUGCUGGGCUGGAAGACUGAUUCCCACCAGAGAUAAAUUUAGGAUAUAAACUUGAUGAGAUCUAUCUUCAAAGGUUCUUCCCAUGAAAUUUAUUGUACUUUUAAAAUCACUAAACAUAAUUCAAUUGUAAAAUUUUACUAGUAAUUUU